AUGGCAGAUUCUUUGGUACAUAGUUUGGCUUCAAAUACUCAAAUUUCGGCAUUUCAAUCUUUUGAACAUGCCGAAGAGCUCUGUCUUCUUGGUGCUGAAUGGAUACAAAAAGCAGGCAUAUUAUUGCAAAUAAGUCAAAGAUGCGUCUAUACCUCCCUUAUUUUAUUUCGUCGUUAUUGUACAUUAUGUCCUCCUAGAGCUGCAGAUUUAAAUGUUUGUUCGAUGGCUUGUUUGUCUUUGGGUAGUAAAGCAACUGAAACUGAAGUUUCGUCCCAAGAUCUGUGCAAUAUUGGAAUUUAUCUCAAGGAACAGUUCCUGAACCCGGAAUCAGAGUACCAAAUCCACGACGUGUUUAGCACGGAAAUGUAUACUACAAAAGGAAAGAUUAACGAUAUGGAGUUGGAGAUUCUACGAGUUAUUAACUUUGAUACUCAUACUGUAAUACCUCACAAAUUAGCCAUUCAUUAUCUACAAACAUUGGGAUUGAUCCACGACAAACGUUUUACACAGUGCACAUGGAACCUUUUAAACGACUCUUUACAUACUUUACUUUGCAUCUCCGUUUUUCCCUUCGGAAUAGCCGUCGGCUGCAUUGCUCUAGCUAGUCGAGUUUUGAAUCGAAAGCUUCCUCAAGAGUGGUAUCUGGUUUUCGACGGCUCAGAAGAGGACUUGGAGCAAACAAGAGCUUCAUUGGAGGAUUUUUAUAAAACUUCAGAAUCAUUACAUAACAAAAUUAGAUUCUUGUUUACAGCAUCUUAA